GGAAGCGCAGGUGGAUGGUGUGCAUCGCUUGGCCAAGCACUUCGGGCUUGUUGCCGAGUCGAAGCGCUUCGCAGAAUCGCAGCUUUCAGGCAGAUUUCACGCAUCAAAUUCAUGGUUCCUUUGUGCCGCUGUGUUCUUUCUUCGGAUGACCUCUUUGAUUGCUGCGAUGUACCUGUCUGCGCAAUACUUCAUUCGCUACAGUCCAGCGGUGUUCCGUUCAAAGCUACCGAAAUCAUUGAAAGAUGGCCUUGCCCUCGAACAGAGUGACAGAUUUGACAGCCCUGAUCCGGAAACUGAGGGAUGGUGGCCAUGUAUUGUCCUAUUUCUGCCGUACCUGGCAUUGAUGAUCGUGCUAGCAUGGGACCUGCGCCGUUGCCAACGGUCAAUCCAAUGGAGCCGGAAGCCAAAACCCACCCAAGUGCUGUAUGCGGAGUAUUUUGGAGUCCAAGGCAAAUUUUACGGCUUCAAAGUUGCCAUGCUGCAGUUUCUCACUGUGAUACUGCAAGCUUUUGGAAAGCUUCAAAUCUUGGGCGGCAUCGUUUCUUUCGCGAUUCAUGAGGCUUCGGAACAUUCAGAGGUGUUCAAACGCUGCUUCUGGGCUUUUGUGGGUUUCCUUUGCCUGAACAGCCUCUAUCCCAGCAUUUUGUUUCUGUUCCCUUCCAAGAAGUCGGUGCGGCUGGGGGCGGCCAUGAUGGAUGCGAUUCUUGAUAUGGCUUACACCAUGACAUACCUCGUCAUCACGUUGCUUGCAAUUUAUGAGCUAAAGCUGGACAAACAAGUUUCAGGGAAUUUUGGGGAUGAACCUGCUGUGAACUUCACAGCGGAAUUGGACGCUUCUUUUGCUUUUCCUUCGGAUUUCCUUGGUUAUUUUGCCGUCUACUAUUCGGUGGCACACGUGUGCACGGUGUGCCGUGCUCUGGAAAACUAUGAGGUGCAACAUAGCAUGCGACAACCACCAAACCUUCAGAAGCGUAGCCAGAGGUCGAUGCAUCCAGCGAACUCUGGUCAGUUCAAAUCAUGCAAACUGAUUUGCAAGGUGCUGUACUCACCUGUCCUGGUGGCGAUCAUAAUCUAUUUGCUGCUUUCGAGCAACACUUACCCUGGGCACUCUGGGGACUUCGGAUGCUUUCCAUGUCGCUGCCAAGUCGUGUCGGAUGGCGCACAGCUGCAGAGUUGCGGUUUGGCAGGGGUACUUCGCCUCAAAGACAUUAGUCUCAGUGAACAAGGCAUCAGCAGUGUGACAGAGAACGCCUUUCGGUUUUUGCCGGGCUUGCAACGAUUGUCGCUCUCUGGCAAUUCGCUGCCUCUCUUGACCAAGAAAAUGCUUUGCCCAUUGAAUGCUUUGAACCUCUUGGAUCUCGGACGUGUGGGCUUGGAACGUGUGGACAAGGACGCUUUUGCGUGCUUAUCAUCCUUAAGGGUUCUGUCCAUCAGCCAGAACCAUUUAAAGCACUUGCCAGAAGAGCUCCUCUACCCAAUGCCAGCCUUAGAGCAGUUGCUGCUGGGAGGCAAGACCAAUGCGAAAGGACUCAGGAUCUUUCAGGGGAAUGAAUUGGAAACUUUUCCACAGAAACUCUUGGAGCAUAGCCCGCACCUGAGAGUUUUAGAUGUGAGCGAAAACAAUUUGAGGGAAAUUCCUGAAGAUGGGUUUGCCGGAAACCAGAGGCUGGAGAUUCUGGACCUACAGAGUAACUCCAUCAGUGAACUGGCUGCUAAAACCUUCGCAGGCCUGAACAAUUUACGGCGACUGGACCUACAAAAAAACCAGCUAACCCAGCUUCCGCCUGACCUGUUGGCUGGUCUGGACAACUUGCAGUCACUCAACCUGAACGACAAUGAACUCGGUGAAGUGUCUCCCAGAGUCUUUGCGGGACUCAGCAGCUUGCAGACACUUGCAUUGAAGAGUAACAAGCUGGGUAAACUUUCUUCUGACAUGCUAUCAGAUUUGUUUGCAGGUCUCAGCAACUUAGAGACGCUUGAUCUGGCAUAUAACGAGAUAUAUGCAGUACCUGCUGGGUUGUUUCAGGAUCUCAGGAAUCUGCAGGUACUCAGCAUGAGGACGAAUAGAAUUAGGAAACUGCCCCACGGAGUGUUUGCGACUAAUCGCAAGUUGCAGACACUCAUCUUGGGGUCCACCGGUCUUGGUGGACUGCCUAAGGGAGUUUUUUCAGACCUUAGUAAUUUGCAAACAUUAAACUGCGAUCGGUGCAGUUUUUCUCCUCAAGACAUUGCAGAGCUAAGAGGUCUCAGGAACUUGAAGACCCUUGACCUGGGCUGGAACCAGGUGGGUGAAAUGCCUGCUGGCAGCCUUGACAAACUCGGCAAGCUAGAGACCCUUGACCUGAGGGAAAACGAGUUGAGGCGGCUACCGCCAGACUUGUUCGCAUUGCUACACAACUUGCAGACACUCAACCUGAAUAAUAAUGCUCUUGGUGAACUAUCUCCUGGAGUCUUUGCUGGACUCACCAGCUUGCAGGUACUCGAAUUGAAAUCAAAUAAGCUGAACAAGCUCUCUCCUCAAGUUUUUGCAGAUUUGUUUGCAGGUCUCAGCAACUUAGAGACACUCAACCUGAAUAGGAACAGGCUGGGUGAACUCUCUGCCGGAGUCUUUUCGGGCCUCAGCAGCUUGCAGAAUCUCGAUUUGGCUUACAACAAGCUGAAUAGGCUCUCUGAUGAAAGAUUAGGAGGUUUGUUUGCAGGUCUCAGUGACUUGCGGACACUCGACCUGCGCCGGAAUGGUUUGCGUGAACUGCCGGCCGAAGUGUUUACCGGUCUCAACAAGUUGCAGAGACUGAACCUGAAUGCCAACUCCAUGGGUCAACUGCCAGCUGGAUUGUUUGAGGGUCUUAGUGAUUUGCAGAUAUUGGACCUGCGCCGGAACUCUUUGAAAGACUUGCCUGCAGGAAUUUUCGCAGGCCUCGGAAAGUUGCAGACACUUUACUUGACUGGAAACUCUUUGGACGAGCUGCCGGAAAUUUGUUCCUUAGUGGAGUGCUGGAGUUAGCGAUCCGCCAUCCAAAGCGAGGGCUCACGGCAUCGCACGGCCAGGGCCAGCUGGGGAUC